AGAGCUUCACAUGUUACCUGUCGGCUCUGGGUUUCGGGGUUUGUUUACUUUACAGAUGGUGGUUCAGGUGGAGCCUCGUAUCCGCUACAGCAGCAAGAGGAUGGAGACAAAUCAGCCUAAAGUGGAGGCUAAUAUCUUACUACUCGGAGCUGAAAAUGUGGGGAAGUCUGCACUAACAGUGCGUUUCCUGACCAGAAGAUUUAUUGGAGAAUACGGCUCUAUAGAAUCCAUAUACAGUCAUCAUGAUAAGAUCGACGGCCGAGACAUCUGCUUCAACAUCUGGGACUCCCUUUAUCCACAGAACGCUGAAGAGGUGGGUCACAUCAGCGACCGGCAGCUCCAGUGGUCCGACGGCUUCAUCCUGGUCUACAGCAUCUGCGACCGGGCGAGCUUCAACGUGGUGCGACAGCAGGUCCAACGCAUCCGCCAAGCACAGCAGAAGCUCUCCAGCUCUGCACCGCUCAUCAUCGUAGGGAAUAAACGAGACCUGCAGCACCGGCGUGCCGUAUCCAGCGAGGAAGGCCGCCUCCUGGCGCUCUCGGCUGACUGCGGCUUCUUCGAGAUUUCUGCGGCCGAAGCCUACCACGGCGUCCUCAUGGUGUUCCACGAGCUGCUGGACCUGAUCCGUGAGGCCAGGGCGCUCAAAAAGGGCACGGCCGGCUUCAGGGGCAUCGUCAGGAGUAUGUCUGCAGUAUUCGGAAGGAAGAGGACCGAGUAGAACAGUUUUCUAGGAAAGAGGAACGAAUACUGCGUCCACAUUGGACUAAGAUUAUUGACUAUGAUAUUUGGAUUUGAAUGCUCUGUGAAUGUUCGAAUUCAGAGACUCUUAUCGCCGGUUCAUAGGGACGAUACUGUUGCCUUGUACCACAGCACUGUUAAAUCCUUCAAUCUGAUUGGUGUUCAUUUACUAGUACUUGUCUCGCAGAUGUUCAACAUUUUUUUAAGUACAUAGAAAUGGAUAAAAAAGCUCAAUGUGGCGACAAUGAAUGGAAAACUGCAGUGAUGUUAGAGAAAUAAAUCACUGUGGCACGUUAUAGGAAAGUAAUCAGCUUCAUUGUUUCCUUUAACCGCACAGCCCCAUGGGUUCAUUCUUUACAUAUUGUAUUAAAAAAAGCCCUUCAUACAAACAAGAGGCUAUUUCUAUGCAAAACGGACGUGCAGUGCAUCAUGAACUUUAUCUAUGAACAAACCACAUCACCCCGAUGACCAUCCUCCCUCUGAUAGCACUAGAGUUUUACACACACACAAGUUUGAAUCUAUUUUCUUGAACUUCACUGACUGCAGUGUGUGGAAAUCUGAAUCAUCAUCUGCCCACACAGACGAGUCGUUAUUCAAAGCUCAGGAUCCGCCUCGAGUCAGACGGACUCAGAUAAAGCGUUGUACUCUGUUCACACUGACCGCUGAAGCGUUACGUUACUCCGUUACACCCUGACGGCUUGUAACGUCCUCGAAUGAACCUAUACCCAAACAGAUGUGGCACAAAUCAGUUUCUUUUGUGUUGCUGCUGCUCUCGUUGCUUGUGUAUAUUUUGUUAAUAGUACAGAGAACUCUAUGCUAAUUUUUUUUUAAAAUAUAAUAAAACAUGAAGUCAUCAUGAA